AUCUCAAAUGACAGGAUCAACUGAGAAGGUGAAAAACCAAACCCGCGAGCAGCAUGCACUGAUUUCACACGCGCACUGAGGUGGUGGUGCCUUCUGUUUCAAGUAUCAAGGCUUUGAGCAUCCUGUCAUAUCUUCACAUUCAAACUGAGAGUAAAGUUGAACUUUCCAUAUGAGGCUGCCUAGCAAUUCGACAAAGUGGAAAUUAGAUCAAGCAAAGCGUGAGCCCUUCUAUGUUUUGGAGCUGCCUGCGCUGAAAUGGACUCUUCUACAGUAGUUAUUGCGUUAUUCAUAGGCUUAAAUAGGCAAUGCUUGCAAUAUCAUCUCGUGGAAAAUAAAAUGGCAUGAACAUCUGUAAGGGGUGAUCAAGAGUGUGACAACCCAAAGUUAAGGAAAUAACAUGGUGCCUGCUUUUCUCCAAGACAUCACAGCAAUAGGGACAUGGGUCUCUAUUUUUAGACACCAAUGUUCCGACCAUAAAUUAACAACUUGCUCCUAAAUGUGUUCUGAUAGUGUGCGUUGCACCUGAUCUAGAGUAGCCUACAUCGCUGGAGAACAUGGAAUGCCGUUUACCUUAUUCAUUUUCCUCAAGUAUUGCAAAGUGAUGAGAGGUUUGCCGUAUACUCUCCUAGAAAGCGACAUGGGAGACAUAUAACUUUUGCACAAUGGAAUCCAGAACACUUUUAUCUGCUAAUAGAGGUCGCUACUCCUGUGAGACUUUAUGUCGUUUUUUUGUCUUAUAAAUAUAAUUUCACAGCAAUUGUGUCUGUAAAUUACAAGUUGAGGAAAAGUGUGGACAAAAGUAACUCCGACGAAAUCCUUUCAAAAAUAAUAAUUUCAUCCUAUCGAGACCAAAUCUCCUGGGCUUUUAUGGGAAUUAAACACUCCUCCCGCUGUAUGCUGCUCAGGGGGAAAAUGGCGGAGUCUGAGAGCACUGAGCAACAGCAGCAGCCACAGCCAAUCCGCAUCAUCCAAUCUCAGCGCGUGCAGCCCACCUCGCUGCCCAAGCCUGUGCCCUUCGUCCACCAUGUCCCGCGGCCGCCCCAUACUCCCCACGCUGCCCCCCUGCCUAGCUGCCCUGGCCGGGGGAAGAUGGCCAAGUUCCUCAACCCUGAGGAGAUGACCUCCAAGGACUACUACUUUGACUCCUACGCCCACUUUGGAAUCCAUGAGGAGAUGCUGAAGGACGAAGUGAGGACGCUGACCUACAGGAACUCCAUGUACCACAACAAGCACGCCUUCAAGGACAAGAUCGUCCUUGACGUCGGCAGCGGGACCGGCAUCCUGUCCAUGUUUGCAGCCAAGGCGGGAGCCAAGCACGUGUACGGGAUUGAAUGUUCCAGUAUAUCGGAAUACUCUGAGAAAAUCAUCAAGUCUAACCACCUGGACAGUGUUAUUACUAUCUUCAGGGGCAAGGUGGAGGAGGUGGAGCUGCCAGUGGAGAAGGUUGACAUCAUCAUCUCAGAGUGGAUGGGCUACUGUCUCUUCUACGAGUCCAUGCUUAAUACCGUCAUCUUUGCAAGGGACAAGUGGCUGAAACCCGGCGGUCUGAUGUUUCCCGACCGUGCUGCGCUGUAUGUGGUGGCCAUCGAGGACAGGCAGUACAAGGACUUCAAAAUCCACUGGUGGGAGAAUGUGUAUGGCUUUGACAUGACCUGCAUCCGUAACGUGGCCUUGAAGGAGCCCCUGGUGGACAUAGUGGACCCCAAACAUGUGGUCACCAACUCUUGCCUGAUCAAGGAGGUGGACAUCUACACAGUGAAGACUGAGGACUUGUCCUUCACCUCAGCCUUCUGCCUUCAGAUCCAGAGGAACGACUACAUCCACGCCCUGGUCACCUACUUCAACAUUGAGUUCACCAAGUGUCACAAGAAAACUGGCUUCUCCACCGCCCCUGAUGCUCCGUUCACACACUGGAAACAGACAGUCUUCUACCUGGAGGACUACCUGACCGUAAAGAGGGGCGAGGAGAUCAUUGGCAGUAUUAACAUGAAGCCCAACGAGAAGAACAUACGUGACUUGGACUUCACCUUUGAGCUGGAUUUCAAAGGACAGAUAUGCGAGGCAGCCAUCUCCCACGACUACAAGAUGCGCUAGCUAGGUGUCCAAUAGGGAGAAGCCGGCGCGCAAUGCCGCCUGCAGCCCUACAAAUACACAGAGGGAAAGAAGAGGCACUCCUCUCGACAACAGACAAUAAUGAGGAUGGGAUGGAGGGAGGAGAGGGAGUGCAUUGGAGGGAUCAGAGAGGGUGGGAUGGAGGGAGGAGAGAAGUUUGGAUAGAGGUAGGAGAUGAAGGGAUGAGAGAGGGUUGGAUGCAGGAAUCAGAGAGGAGAUAGAGAGAAUAGAUGAAGGGAUGAGAGAGGAUGGCUGGAGAGAAAUGGAGGGAUAGGCUAGAUCAGAGGAGGCAGGCUAUGAUGAGAGAAGCUCAUCAGUGCAGGGGUGGCACUCCAAGCAAUAUCAACAUGCUCACAUUGACACCUCUAACUGGCACUUUACUGUUAGGCCAACUGUUCAGAGGACAACUUUGAAUGUAACACCUUAUGAAUUCAAGAAUGUUCGAGUCAUUAUGAAUGUUAUUGAUUGAUCUAUACUGUAUGUGAGAGGUGGCAACCAAUGUUAUCUUCUACAGCAAGUUUGGAUCCCAUAUAAUCAAUUACUGUAUUUUUCAGGAACUUCACAUUUAUAUUGCAUAUAAUAAUACAUCCUACAGCCAGUAGUAUUGAUUUUUCUUCAAAUAGGCUUUUUAAAUUACCCAAUUUUGCAUGUUUAAUAAUAAUCUUCAUAUCUGGUAAAAGUACAGUAAUUGAAUAUAUCAGAAAUUCAGUACUGCAUACUGUAUUGUGUAAGGAUGUGAAUAUAUGUAAAUGUGUAUUUGCAGUCAGGCGACGUACUGUAGCUUUUCAGGUGGGUGCAAAAUAACAGUAUGAGAGCUCACACAUUUGCACAGCUUGCACUCCAAAGUGGUGGUCUGUGGUUUCUGUUAGCGCUGUGAUGUCAACAUUGUAAUCAGUAUAGACCGGGGCCCCGUCUAGAUGCCUGCAAAAGCUCCUGGCUACAAAGCCUACAUUUCUCCAAUCCUCCCUAACUCUAUUCUAUAGUGCUAUAUUUCUCAUACUAUAGAUAAUUAGGUAAUCACGAUUUUCAACAAUAACCAUGAUCUCUUAAGUUCUGUAAUUGAUAAUUGUAGUUGAUGUGGACACACUGAAACCACACCAGAGGAAGAUCUUAAUUCCAUAAUUCUCAUGUCUUCUUAACUCGCCUCCUUCUCAAAACCCAUUGGAUGAGAAAGCCAGAGGUCCCACCCCUCUGACCAUCUCCACUGGGUUUUGAGAUGCAGACGAGGAGAGAGGACACGAAUAUGAUGCAAUUGAGAUCGCUCCCAGGAAGUGGUGAGUGCGCUGCAGCAUUCAGUGGGCGGGGCCUCACAUCGUUACCAUUUUUUUCUCUGGCUCCACUGAUCUCGGGUCUGCAACUGGCCUGGCCUCAGAGCCUAGCAGAAAUCAUCAGUUAGUCCCAUCCUUAGAUCAGUAGCAGUGUUCAUUCUGGCCUCUCUGUUCGGCGCGUCAGUUGACAGCAGCUCCUUCCCUUAACCUGUGCUCUUACUAAGGUCAUCGCCAAGGCAACAACUGGAGGUGUCCUCCAGUCCAACUGUGACCUCCCCUCACAGUUGUGUAGUACUGUUACACCAGAGUUGUCAAACUCAUUCCACAGAGGGCCGAGUGUCUACAGGUUUUUCCGUUCAAUUAAGACCUAGACAACCAGGAGAGGGGAGUUCCUUACUAACUAGUGACCUUAAUUCAUCACUCAAAUAGAAAAGGUGGAGCGAAAACCUGCAGACGUUCGGCCCUCCGUGGAAUGAGUUUGACACGUGCGUUUACACCAUCCUUCCUUUACGCAGCCAAGAUCCUCACUCCCAGUCCGCUCGCUCUCCCAUGCCUUUCUGUGAAGCUCAUCAGCACAGCACUUAUGACUGUUCAGAAGAUGUAGGACAUGCCAUGUAUGAAUAGACCAGUGGCUAGUAAUGAGUGAGUCACAUUUGAUGGAUGUACAAUCUAUUCAGUAAAGGGUCUGACUAUUUUCUGUUUCAUGUUGAGCGCUUACUUGUGAGAGCAUAGAUUUGUAUAGUAUUCUAUUGUAGAUGCUGUGCUAUACAUACAGUAGAUGAAUAAUAAACUAAACCUGUAGAUAAACAAGUUGAUACUGGAUCAAAAGCAAAAGUAGUUAGACUAACUUUAAUAGAAUCCAUUGAAUCACUUUCAGUAGCAUGCAUACAAAACUGUUGUCUUUGGAAUUAAGUCAGUGAUUUAAGCUAACUUUAAGGUUUGGCCUUUAGCAGAUCUAACACGACUAGUGUCAUUCCAGUUUACCACUCAUGGCAUUCAGUUGGUUAUUUACACCAAGUACUAAAACAACAUGGUUGCCACUAUUUCAUGUCAGCUACUGAAAUUGUGCUGUGUAUGUUAAUUUGGUAUGACAAUUCUGAGUUGAAAAAUAGUUAUAUUCAAGCUUUGUAUUGUAUUGUUAAUUUUACCUCCUGUCAUGUAACAGUUAAAUAAAAGUUAUCGACUCUAGAUCAA